GGUUUUGCAGGGUGCUGAAGAUGGCAGGCAACUCUGCUCCUUGGAUCGGCAGUGCUUAUCUCUUCCUCCAGUCGACAUGCAAGACAAUCGUUCUGCCAUCUCUCUACGAAAGCUCCCAGAAGAAACCUAGUGUGUUCAAAGCACUGAAGCUGGCAUUAGCAGACUCCACCGGCAGCAUGAAUGGUGUGGACAUGCUCAAAGUGCACUGCAGCCACCCGCACCUGAUAGUCCAGCUCAAGUUCUGCAAGCAGGAGAACUGCCGCCGGUUCCUGCAGAGUUACCGGGAAGGAGUGCUCCAGAAGUCCCUCCAGAAUCACCUCCAGCUCUCCUUGGCCAUGACCACGGUACCUCUUGAAAUGGAGCUGAAGGCUGGCAGUGAGCACCUUGACAACAUGCUGAAGGAUGAGGAUCGCUGCCUAGAGUGCAUCUAUGGAGAGAAGCCUGACCGCCUGCGGGAUGAGGAAAUCACAGAGCUGGAGGAGUGCCUCAAGAGCCUGAUUGUUCACCAGAGCAUCAACAACAAUAUGGCUGUAAAAGACUGUGCGUCUCUAAACUCCCCAUCUCUACUUCAUCCUUCUCAAGGCAGCUCCCUUUCCUCACAAGCCACCUUCAUCUUUCAGGGACAAGAGUUUGCCAACAGAAUGCUCACACCAGACGACCACCAGAAGUUUGCCAAGCUCGUGUCCAAGAAAUGGAAACAAGUGGGUCGUUCUUUGCAGAAGAACUGCCGGGCCCUGCGUGAUCCUGUCAUCGAUAACCUGGCCCUUGAAUAUGACCGAGAGGGACUGUAUGAACAAGCCUAUCAGCUGCUUCUCAGAUUUAUCCAGUCAGAGGGGAAGAAGGCCACAAUAGUGCGGCUGAUUGCAGCCCUGGAAGAAAAUGGUCUCAUCAGCUUGGCUGAGGAGCUCUUGGGCCUCCAUUCCAAUGAGGACUGCUGCUAGAGCCCCAAGGGUAGUGGCAUUGCUAAGGGCUUUCUUGCUUUAGCUAGUGUAUUGGGACUGCUGCCAGCAUCUGGGAAUGUAAAGUCCUGAAAAUCACCACAGGUUUCCAUGUAGGUGGAAAUGCCCAGGGGAGAGGUUUUGUGCUUGCAGAAGCCAGCAUAGACUUCAGAUGUUCCUUAUUCUGUCUCUAGAAGUCAAUGUUACCUUCCCAUGCGCUGGUGAGAAAGGCUUUCAUCCUGACUUCUUUCAGGACUGAAAUGUCACAGGGAAACAGCCAGACAGUUAGCCCUAGGGAAGGGUGGCAGAGAGGAGAAAAGCAAGGAAGGCAUCUCAGAAUUUCUCUGGGAAGCAGACAGUGCCACUGUUUCUCAGGCUGUGACCCAGGGCUAUCACCCGGAGAGCUGCAGUAUAUUUUUUUAUAUUGAAGACAUUUAUGCCCUCAGGCAUGGCAUCAAGCAAAGACAGAGGGGAAAUUAAGGAAAAGUCAAUUUUAUAUUAUUUUCCUUCAUUGUUCCCCAGAAAAGGAACAUCUGUGGCGAGUGCAUCUGUCCUGCCCUACUCUAGCUGCUUCCCACCUCUCACCACCUGAAGGUUUUCCUUUUACCUGGGACAGUCUUAAUCUUCCACAGGGCACAUGAUUGCUGCCAUGGAACAAAUUCCAGGCACUGAACAAGCAAUAUGGACAAACACAAAUUCAGAGACUGAUUCUCAACUCUUUCUGGACCACAAUAUAUCUGGACAAUAAUACAUCGCACUUAGCUCUGUCCCACCAACCUGAGGGAGCCGGCAUCUUGAAAAGCAAAACACAGUGCUGGAAGGAAAAUAGUCUCCUAGUCAGCAGGCUACCUGUGGAGCGUAGAUUGGAGCUGCUGCUCUAAGGUGUGUCACAGCAUCAAAUACCAUCCUGACCCCAGCUCACAGAGCUGAAUAAUCACCUCUGUCCAGCUGGCUGCUAGUGCCUUCACUCACUUCUUAACCAUCUGCCCUUGGCCUGCCAAGCUCACCGGGGAGGUUGGCUCAUGCCAUCACGUCUCACAAGAGUCGGGAUUUGCACAGAGCUUUUCUCUGGCAGAACAGUCACUGUGUGACGAUUGGGCAUCAGCUGCUGUGCCUGGAUUUACCUGCCCUGAUUUUCAGGGUUAAAAGUGGCUUAAAGGACAAAGCACCCAAACCCCAGGGCUGAGCUGUGCUUUUAGUUCUGGUGAGAGAAGCUGACUCCCUCCUGGUACGGCUGAUGCAGACUGGAACAGAGCAGAGUUUACACCUUUGUCUGUAACAAAGCAACGAGAGUCUACCAUGACAUGGGUCCCAUGAAGCCCAACAGCAUCUUGAUACCUUUGACAUACUCCCUAUGCUUUCCUGAUACGUUUUUACUUAUCCUUUUUCAUUAAUUCUAGCACUCUUUGCCCUUCUCAUCUGUGGGAAGAUCCAGGGGGCAUUGGAAAUUAUUUCAGGUGCAGAGGGUGGCUCUGCCAGCACACAUAAAGCCUGUGUGUGCACACAAGUAUCAGGCCACUGGCAGUCGUAUUAGGAAGAGCUUUCAAAAGGCAAGCCCUCAUGGCCUUUUAAACUACUACUCACAUCUUAAUCCUUCCUGGAGUCAAAGCUGUAAUUUGGUGAGGAGGGUUGCAACAUGGGAUGCAGGUGUGGGCUCCUGGGGCUGGUGCUGCUCCCUUAGCUUCUGCUGAAAUACAUGCUGUGAGCAUCAGCUAACUGAAGACCCAGAUCAGGAGGAUUUAGAUGGCCAGCUUCUACUCAGAGUCCACAUACCUCAGAGGAGAUAAACAUUGUGUUCCUCAGUGUAAGCCUGAGUAAUCUGGCUGUUUUUCUGCAGAUUUUGAAUCCUCAAGGUUACAUAGACAGUGUGGAAAGAAAGUGGAGGGGGUUAAAGAUGGGGACACUGUUUUCAGGGUAUGAGUGAAUCUUUUUCCAUCUUGCCCUUAGAAUCAAAGGAAGCAGGACUUCAUGCAGGUACCACCACUACAGACUGUGGCUCUGUGAUCUUUUUAUUAAGCCAUUAUAUGUCAGUGCUUUUGCAGUCUUAUCUCCCCCAUUCCUGCUCCAUGUCCUAUCCUCUCCCUUACAGUAGUACUAGUGCUCUUCCCAAAAUGAAGCAAUUAUCUCUCUGACAGUUUUGCUUUUGGGACCAGCACAGUGAUGAUCUUAGUUUAGGCUGCUGUGGAAACACACCUCAAACCAUUUAGCUUUUCUGCCAGACCCCAACUGGGGAACUCUGGCAGCAACGCACCUGGCAAAUGGUAUUAAAAAAAAAAAAUCAGAAACUUGAAAAUUACUUUAACAGCAAAAGGAUUUGCUCUUGAUUUUGCAAAAAUGAUUUUUCAGAAAACAAGGUCAUAUGCGUAGCCUGCUGUCUCAUUUGUAAUGAAUAUUUCUUAGCUCUCAGCAAGCUAUUCAUGUGCACAACUUCCACAUACAGUUCAUAAGGCACCCACUGAGUGGUGAGAACUGCUAACUUCUACAGCAUCAGUUAAUGCUCAAAAUGAGAAAGGCUUAUUAUUCAGCAUCUACUUCAAGUCCAAAAAUCUUCUUUGCUGCUGUUACUGUAUUACAGAGGACUAUGCAUGAAUGAUAUUUUUCUUAAUGCAAACCAUGUGUAUUUUAUUCCUCUGCCAGCAAUUGGCAUAUGUGUUUCCUCUUACUCACAGAUUCCCUCUCAAAAGUGCCGUUAAGUGCUGGAGCUCUUGGCAACCUUUCUGGAAUAUCAUCUUUAACAGCAUUCACAGGUGCCUUCAUUGCAGAGACUCGAAGAAAAAGGGUUUUCCAGUGAUAUUCCAUGGUGGAAUUGUCUUGAGCACAUGACACGGUUUGGGACCAUAGCAGUGGCUGUUUCAUACUGUCUUUCCCGUGAUCGGUCAUCAUCAUCACCAUCAUUAGAUGCAAUGAAAACUCAACUCUGCUCUCAAGCAGACUCUUUCCUGCUAAAAAAGUAGGGUUUUUUUAAUAUUAUCUGACACAAACAUAGUUAGAGACAAUUUUCACAGACGCCUUAGAAUGAAAUAGAGCAAUUGGAUCAUGAGUACAUGAUGUCAUUUGCAUCAAUUUGGCAUUUUGCUGGGGCUCGACUCUGAAUUUACUCUGUUUUACACAGAUUUUACAGCAGUUAUACACCACUCUGUGAAGACAAGGGAACUUGUAUCACACAGGGAAGGAAGAAGCACUCACAAAGGAAAAAACAUUAUCAAAGAUUUGUUGAAGAAACUAGAGGCUGUCUUUACCUGAAUAGUAAUGCAAUGAGUGGAACUGAAGACAGAGCUGGAUGUUGGGGAUACUUGCCGAUAAACCAGAAGCUCAGUGCUAUAUGCUAGACCAAGGGCUAUAAUAAGCAUGCCUGGUGAGUGCCUGGCUAUCACACUGUUGGAAGAGGAACAUACUCACACUUUCUUCCUUGCCUGUGCAAAGUUAGCUGUACACAUACUGCACCUACUCAGAUGCCAAACAUGCAAGUGACGCUCCCUUACUACUAUUUAUACCAAUUAGCUAAUGUCUAGUGUGUGAGAGAAGCCACAGGCAGUGCUGGUGCUGCUGAAUUUGGCCUUAUUCCAUAACAGCUCUUUUCUGUGUAUUGAGAUGUCGGGGGGG